UUUAAGACCUCAAAUUUGUCUUAAACACGUGAAAAUCUCAACGGGUUGUCUUUCAUUUUAAUGAUCCAUGUCUGUUUUUGUGUUGACCCUGUUGUUUUCACUUGGUUUUUUGAUGGGUUUUGGACGUAAUUGAGAAAGUUUUUUUUUUUUUUUUGCUUGCUUGGUGAUCGUUUAUGGGGGAUGUUUGUGGAGGCAGAAAAGUAUUAAGCCCCACGAGUUGUUCAACAAAAGGAAAAAAAGAGGAGGCAAUUGGCAUUUGGAAACUAAGACAAUGAGGAUACUGGUUCGUGGAGGCUAUUGAACUCCUACGAGCUUAGAGUCCUCUCUCAUUCUCUAUAUAAUGUGCAAGAGAAUACUUCUUGAUGCUUAUGGCCAGUGGCAUUAAUCUUUGUUGGUGAUAUUGGAGAAUUGCUGUAGCGAGUGAGAUUGGAACUGACACAAUGGGUUCUGUUUGUUGCUGUUUGCAUGUUGAUGAUUUUGAGGAUUAUAUGAAUCCUGAGAAUUCUGAAUAUAGAAACUGCUUGUGCCUCAGUUGCUUUGUCCAGAAUUUCCUACAUGUGUAUACCUCAAUAUUUCGUAGAGGGCAAGUGCAUUCUGUCCCUUCAUCCAUUCAAGGGGCAGCAUCUCUGACUUCUUCAUCUCUUGACAACUCUCUUGCUGAAAUGUACCGAUCUCCUCCGCGGCCCUUGCCCUAUGAUGCUGACCCCAGAUGCUUGCGCUUGCAGCGUGAUGGUCUGGUUUCAAGACGAGAGAAGGGUUCCAGUCAUUCACACGAGGAAUCAGAACCCUUGAGAAGUGAUAAUGAUGCUGAUUCUGAAUCCUUCAGAACAGGAGACAAAUGGAAUGCAUCUGCUUGUGAAGGAGGCAAGGAACAGCAUUCUAGAUCCUCAUUAAAGCUCUCAUCAGCAAAAGCAACAGUUGGAAUUGGAUAUGUUUAUUCUUCCUCGGAAGAAGAGGAUGUCUGUCCUACAUGUCUUGAUGAAUAUACUCCUGAGGACCCAAAGAUAAUGACAAAAUGCUCUCACCAUUUCCACCUUGGUUGCAUUUAUGAGUGGAUGGAAAGAAGUGAUAGCUGCCCAGUCUGUGGAAAGGUGAUGGUAUUCGAUGAAACGACUUGAUCUGGCUUCAAAGGUUACUGUCAUGGAUGAAACAAGCUACAAGACGAGAAGAAAACAAAAGAAGACUGUAUAGAGUUCUUUGUGAAUACCGCAAGUGUUAAUUUGCUGUCUAUAGUGAAGAUGAACAAUUGCUCUUCAUAACAAUUGUUACAAAGCACAUUCUCCUGGAAAAGCCCCGUUCUUGAUUUUUUCUCUCCAUCCAUAUGAAUGAGAAAUCUGCAUAUGUGCUUAUAGUCGCUCAUAAGCAUUAAAAGACA